UUAGAGUGGGAGUAUGCUCGCACCGCAAAUUUGGCAAUAACCACCGAUUCGAUUGAAUGAAUUAGGAGCUUAAUAGUGGUACAGCCAACUCAUCCAUACCUACUACCAUAAGCAUUGGGGAUACAACAUUUACAAAAACCUGCCUUCAGAGUUAAACUUGUCUGGCCUACCAUGUCUGGACGCAGCGCGUACGUUAGGAAAAAGAUCAACGAGCCCAACGACCGUGCGCAGGGAGGAAGUAGUCGCUAUUCCGAACGAGAUGACCUCUCGGUCAACGAUGCCACGCUGCCGCAAAGCACUGGUUAUGGCACAACGAAUGCACGAUUUCUUAAAUUCUCAGAGCCAGUGCGGGAGGCGGAAUUGACCAAUUAUCGCUCCCAAUUAACAAAUUUCAGCGAUCAGAGCAGUGGAAGUCAAAGUGGUGGAAGUGAGCUAGGCAAGCGAGAUGGUGGCAAUGGUCCACAACACCAGGGACCCAUGGCCGAUUUCGCAUACGCCAGGGCGAGAAAACCCGUAUUGAGAACGGAAGAUGUAUCGGGCAUCGAACGAUCCGGUUUCCGAAAUGCUGUGGACAAGAAGAGUGAUGAAUUCCGCAAAGGGCUCACGAAAGCUUUCAGCUUUGGUGGUAAGAAGAAGAAGGUUGUUGAACCUCCUCGGCCCGACUCUUCUGUCGCCUUCAGAGGCCCCGAGGUAGAUCCUUAUGAGGCAAUCGAGGAUCAUGGAAUGCCUCAAGCCCUGCAGCCUAUGGUAUGGGAUUCGGAAUACCAGCAGAUGCUCUCACCACCACCGUCUGCCAAACUACCUCCAAUCCCUCCACCUUCAAACACGCCACCUAUUAAACGUUGGACUGGUGCUGGGAAACCCGUACAGCGAUGGAACAAACUCCGGAAAGAUCCUGAAUUAUGGGACCCCAAUGGUGACGUCCUAGUGUUCUUCGGCCGCAAAGGACAAUUGCCGCGACCCAACCCUUCGUUCCGCCUCUCAUCCCACAUUAUCGAAGCAACCGAAUCCCGCUUCCUGCUCACUCUUCUUCGAGAAGGAUCCACCGAGGAAGAUUACGACACGCGAAUGUUCACGCCACCAUCGCCAAUCGGUGCGCCGCCAAUGCUACGGCCGCACGGUGCGCAUCAACAUCUCGGUUAUAAUCUAGGACGGAAUGGCCAGCCGACGCCUCCGGUCUCUGAAGACACUAGCCUUGCCGAUUCUGAAGGCCAGAUUUCCUACGAGAUGUACUUCCCGACGCCUCCGAAUCUAAGCAAGCUUGAAGCGCACCGGCACGCCAUCACGACACGUAACGUAUUUGCUCUGCUAUAUCACGCUUCUCUUGUUGGGUUUUCGCUUCUCCAAGCACUCUCAGACCUUCUUGCGCGAUUGACGGCAUAUAUGCCCCAAGAAGCAGACAAUGUUGGAACAAUUCUCAAAUACCUUUCCGCCCGAGGUAUUGACGAUGCUCGAAACGACCCGGAUAUAGCAGUGUCCAUUCUUGCGUGGUCGGAAACACCGGAAGUGCGUUGGGAAGAAGGUUGGUGCGAGGCGUUCGUCCACUGUGCUGGGAUGUACUCUCGCCUAGAAGCAUGCGCAGAUUUUCGGAGCAUCACGCCCAUUACUCGUGCUCUUCUGGAGCGAGCUUGUCUAGAAACUCAACUUCGCGUACAAGCAGCAGAAGAACGCCUCGCCGAUUAUUCAUUCGACGAUAUCUGGCUGUCCAAUAAUCAGCCUGUGUGCGGUGAUGCUAGGGACUCAGCCGAACGUCUGCGACAAUUUUUCAUAAACUAUUACGCCAAAAUACAUGGAGAUUGGCCCCCUCCUGAAACUAACGCGAGGACGAUAGAGGGCGAGGAGAUGUGGCUAACAAGAACAUUGGCAAGGGAGAUGCAAAAAGACUUCGGGGCGCUUUACGAUUACCUCGUCAACCGGGACAUCGUGUGGGACGAGUCUGAAACUCGAAGUAGUCGAAAAUGGAUGAUGGUCUCCGAGAGCAACAAACCCUUCAAACCCGAUUCCAUAGUUCUUCCUCUUACGGACAUGCUGAUCGAGUUCGACAACCGAAUGCGAUUCCCACAUAUUCCGCAUCCCUACCCUCUCGUCCCCGAGUCGAUCACCCCACCCUCGCCACCUUCUUCCGCUUCGAGCCGCGAUAGGUCGAGAAAGGAUAAAAAUAUCAUGAACAUUAAUACCACGAGAUACGGUGCCGAUGAUCGCAUAAAUGAGAGACGUGCGCAGCUCGCUUACACCGAGGCGACCAACAUAUACAUCCUAGGGUCGGACUUCACACAGUCCGAUCUGAUCGAGAACUUCGUCAAGUUCGAGAAGACGGACCAGGUUGGUGCUGUCGACCCCUUCGUGGCUCGUCGCGGCCGCUGGGUUCUUAUAUACGGCAUUCUGCAGACUCUAGCUAGUGUGUCCGUCGAUGCGCCUAACGUGCGAUACAAGGAUGGUGUAUCAUACCACCUAUCCCCACGCUUCAAGGGUACCAAAGCGCCGCCAUGGAAAGGUGCAUCGGCUCCCGCCGCCGAAGCUUGCCACGAACUUUCGCAUUGUUGGCUCGCGCCUCGGGCAUGGCAGAAUAGCGCUAGCGGAGGCGAGAGCGCUGACUCGGACACGUCUAAUUCAGGCGAUCCCGUGUUACGCAUGAUGCGUGCACAGGCUAAUAAAUUCCCACGGCCACCCAGAACCGUGACGAGCCGAUCUAGCAAUGGAACAGGAUGGCACACGGCACGCAGCGUGCGGUCGAGCGUAACCACGAACCCGGGUCUCGCCGCGCCGCCUCUUACGCCUACGAUGUGGGGCGGCUCAUCCGCCAUGAGCGUCAGCGUGUUUUCCGAAGACGGUGCAUCGAGUGUUACACGUCCAUCCUCCUCUUCUGGUCAUCAUAACCAAACCCCAAACCACAAUCAGAAGAGUUACGCCAAUUCACAACGAGCGCGAAGCGAACGCAGCUAUGCGACUUUCGGUCCAGGUAGUGGCGGUCUAAGCGCCGGCAGGCUCGACGAGAACAAGUUACAGCCGCAGGGUAUGAGCAUGAGCAUACGUCAACGGAAGCAGCCUGCGCCUUUGGAUCUAAAUAAUGAUAAAGAGUCGUCGCAUCAAAUGAAUAGCUAUCUAGAGUCGACGCAUAGCCCAUCGAGUAUCGGGGGCGCGCCAAUUCUGAGCCCGAAUAGCUCAGAUGGACUUGGGCCCGUGAUUCGGGAUUUCGAUGAGCUUGAAUCUGUUAUUGAGGAAAAUUCUUAAGCAUCCAUUUAUCUGGGUGCUUAGAAGAGAAGCAUGGAGUGGGAUCUAUCGUUUGAUUUAUUUUUUGCUGGGGGAGGGGGCGCGGUUCAGGUUGGAGUACGAAGUUAAGGCGGUGGUGGUGUAAUUGAUGUCCUUGGAUAUCUAAUAAUACCUAGGUAUGUGUUACGAUGUAUACGGGGGUUCGUAUACGAGAGAGAAUCCCCUUUGUCUUCUUGGUAAAAUAUAUUAUAAGAAAGGUACACAUAUACA